AUGAAGCGCGGUGACCGUUGCCGUCUGCUGUCUCUCCCGGACGAGCUUCUCGAGUCGAUCCUCAGCACCGUUACCCACCCAUCCGACCGCUGCAAUGUCGCUCUCGUCUGUUCUCGCCUCCACCGCGUCUCGCGCCGCACGCCGCACUCGCUCCUCGUCGAGUUCAUGCGUUAUCAGCGCUGGGGCUCCAAAGUCCGGGAUUGCCAUCUGACUCAUCUCGAGCUCAACUCCCGUUUUUCCCGCAAUACUUCCCGCCGCCGCUACGAAAGUAGGACCGCCCUGCCGCCUCUCCACGCCUUCCCCUCGCUCCGCGCCGUCACCCUCGGCUUCCACCCCAGGGAAAUCUCCCCCCUCCUCCGCUGCUCCGCGCUCACUUCUCUCUCGCUGUGGCAGCCCACGGGCGGCGACCUUGCCUGCCUCGCGUCCCCCUCCUCCUCCCCCUCCUUCCGCUCGUCUCUCCAAUCCCUCACCGUCCAAUCUGCCAACCUAACGAACUACCUCCUCCGCGUCUCCUCCUUCACCCUCCUCUCCUCGCUCUCUCUCCAAUCCUGCAUGUUCAACUCAUGCGAGCUUCACUCCCUCUCGCGCUCCCUCCACUCCCUCACCCACCUCACCAUUGACGAUUGCCCUCUGGUGUGCGGCCGUGCUGUGGCAGCGAUAGUUCGAGCAAACCCGUCCCUCUCCUCCCUCUCUCUCUCCGGCACCACCUACCGUCUCUUCAGUCCCAGUGCCCUCGCUACCGUGCUUCGCCUGUCGUCCCGUAAGCUGCAAUCGCUAACGCUUUCAGGUCUGCCGUCGUUCCGUCCCGGUAUGCUUGCGGGGUGCAGCAGCCUUGAGUCGCUCACUCUCGAACGAGCAGAGGGGUCGCUCGAACAACUGGUGGGCAUGCUCGUGAGGGUGGAUGAGGCCGGGGUAGAGGCGGAACGAGCCGCGAAUACGCCUGCGGGUGCGGGUGCGGCUGCGGGUGCGGGCGGGGGAGCGGGCACGGGUGCGGGUGCAGGUGCUGGUGCUGGUGCCGGUGCGUGUGCGAGUGCGCCCGCAGCUGCUCCUGCAGCAGCGGCGGAGGGGAGGAUCAAGGGGAACCGGCGCACCUACGUCGAUAUCCGCGCAGCAGCAGCAUCGGUGCGCGCGGACGCGGCCUCUUCCUGGAGGGACGCGAGCCGGCAAAUCAAGGCGGCGGGCGAGCUCGUGCGCACCGCGCAGUCGGAAGCGGAGACCGCGCGGCGAAGCCAGUGGCUGCACGGAGAAAAGCCCGCCAUCAAGAAGAUCAUGGGCGCGAUUUCAUCCUGCCAGUCCGCGUCCGCGGGGGCGUGGGACGCGAACGCCGCGAGAGAGAAGGCGCGCGCUGUGGCGCGUCUGUCUGCCACCGCCGCCGCCGCCGCUGGCGCUGGCGCUGGCGCGACAGGGGUUUUCACAGCGGAGUUUCACGGGGAGGAACGUUGGUCGGAAGACGCGGACCUUGAACCUUGGGGUUUAGGCUCGGUAGUGUUUACAGACUUUACCGACGACGAGUACCGUGCUGGCGCAACCCCGGAUGGGGUUCACCACCUGAUGGUGGAGAAGGAUCCGAGUGACGGCAUGCCCGAGGCGUCGCGAGAAGAGCUGUUCACGACGCUAGAUACGUUGUCGCAGCAGCUGCGGCCGCAUCAGUCGGCCAUGCGUGAGAGCGUUGAGGCGCUGCUUGCGGGGGAGGAUGUUGAGGGCGGGAUAGUUGGGGCGCUCGCAGCAGCGGCUGGGGCGGCGGCAGCGGGUGGGGCGGCGGCAGCGGGUGGGGCGGCAGCAGCGGGUGGGGCGGCAGCAGCAGCAGGUGGGGCGGCAGCACCAGCAGAGGGUGGGGCGGCAGCAGAAGCAGAGGGUGGGGCGGCAGCACCAGCAGAGGGUGGGGCGGCAGCAGCAGCAGCGGGUGGGGCGGCAGCAGCAGCAGCGGGUGGGGCGGCAGCAGCAGCGAGCGAAGCGACAGGGGGUACCCCAGGAGUGGAGCAACAGGUGGAAGCUGCACAGGGGCAAGGCGUGCAGGAGAGAGUGCAAGAGGAGGGAGUGCAAGAGGAGGGUGCACAACGGCAGAAUUCUCUCAUACAGAGAAUUCUAGAAGGUUCUGGCAGCAGCAGGCUGGCAUCAGCUAAGGCGCAUCAAGAAUCUGAAAGGGCCACGCCAGUGGAAGUGAUCCGCCCUGCUUGCCUGGCCUCCCUGGUUCUGAAUACCAUCCAGUUUACUCCUCUGCCCGAGCCUGCUUCUGGAGAUACUGCCUCUUCAUCUCCUGCCUUGGUUCCAGUUUCCUGUACCCCUCGUUUCUCCACAUCUCGCUCCUCAAAUUCCUUCUCCUUCCCUGGUUCCUCCCAGCAGCAGCAUUCGUUUGAGAGCAUUGCCUUGGCGGCUGUGUUUGGCGGGCUGAGGCGGUUGGCAGUGGUGCAGUGCGGUGGGGUGGGGGAGGAGCAGCUGAGGGCAGUGCUGCGUGCAUGCCGGGUGUUGGUGGAGCUGAGAGUAGAGCACUGUGAUUCCAUGUCCGAUAAAGUGCUGCUCUCAUGCCCAAUCCACUCUCUUACUCACGCCACUCUCGUUGCUUGCAACGGGAUUACGUCUGCUGGGGUUAUCGGGUUGCUUGGAAGCUUUCCAAGGCUGAGGCAGUUAAAGGUGGAAGCGGAUAAGGUUCCUGAACGGGCUCGACGGAAAUUGCUUCGUGUUGGUGUGGUCAUCAGGGGGGUGUGA